CAAAACAGGAAGAGUCGCUUGGUUAGCAGCAACCCUCCGGAGCAGGACUGCGACGUAAAUAAGGUCCAUUUUUCCAGGAUGAAACAAUGCCUUCCUUCUCUUGAAGACGGUGUCUGGCAACGAUGAAUUUGUGAAUACAGUUGUGACAGCGAUAAUUUCGCUAUGACUGGGUUAUGAAGGAGCAGCUGUGUUAUAAGGCUUUGUUGUUGUUGUGGACAGUCGUGUUCACGCAGACAAAAGGUAACGUUAGAUAAGUGGAGUUCCACAGCUAACCCACCUCUCUCCUCGCGGCUGCCGACUACCAGACUCUAUCAUGCCAAAGGAGGAAGACCACCUUGAGGGAGGAGACAACAAGGAGACCAAGGAGGAGAGGGAGCAGGAUGCUUCUGAGGAGACAGUGCGGAAGAGAGUUCGUGCAAAUACUCCGAGUCGUCACAGCAUGAACUCUCCACAAGCCAGCCCUCCCAGGUUUGUCUCUGUGGAGGAGCUGAUGGAGACUGCUAAAAGUGUCACCAACAUGGCUUUGGCUCAUGAAAUAAUGGUCAACCAGGCUUUUCAAGUCAAACCUGUGGAACUCCCUGAAGGAAGUUUGGAGCGCCGAGUGAAGGAGAUUAUGCACAAAGCAUUCUGGGAUUGUUUGGAAGCACAGUUGAAGGAGAAUCCACCAUCUUACGGACAUGCCAUAAAACUACUUGCUGAGAUCAAAGAGACACUGCUGUCUUUCUUGCUCCCAGGCCAUGGUCGUCAGCGCUCUCGUAUUGAGGAGAUUCUGGACCUGCCUUUAAUCCAGCAGCAGGCUGAGAAUGGAGCUCUUGACAUUGGUCAACUGUCCCAGUUCAUAGUUGGGAUGAUGGGCUCGCUGUGCGCUCCCUGCAGAGAUGAGGAUAUUAAUAAGCUAAAGGAGAUCACAGAUAUUGUGCCUCUGCUUAAGGCAAUAUUCUCAGUUCUGGACCUGAUGAAGGUAGACAUGGCUAACUUUGCCCUGAGCAGCAUCAGGCCUCAUCUGAUGCAGCAGUCUGUUGAGUAUGAGAGGAACAAAUUCCAGGAGUUUCUGGAGAAACAACCAAAUGCCUUAGACUACACUGAGAAGUGGCUUGAGGACACAGUGAAAUGCCUGAGAGAGACUGAGGUGGAUGGUUCUGGUGCUGCCUCAUCUGACCCUGCCUCACUUCUCCCCCUUAAUGUUCAUAAUCAUGCUUAUCUACGUCUGCUGAAGUGGGACCACACCUCAGACCCCUUCCCAGAGACAGUGUUGAUGGAUCAGGUUCGGUUCCAGGAGAUGCAGCAGGAGGCUGAACGGUUAGUUCUGCUGUCCUCUCUGCUCCUCAUUGUCUACACUACAACAGGGGAGGCCAUUUCAGGCCUGCCAGGGCUGAUGGAGACUCUAAAAAACACUGUCAACAUCAUGCUUGCAGAUAUGCAUACAGCUUCUUUCAGUGCACAGGAAGCCUUAGCAACCAUCGGAGAAAAACUGUGUGUUGAGCUAAGUCAGUGUCUAAGCCAACAUGGCUACUCUCCAUUCUCUGCUGACCGAAAGAGCAUUCUGAAGGGACAAAUCUCCGCCACCGUCCAGCCAGACAACACAGUCCGCAAGCUGAUGGACUCUCGGGUUCAGACCUACCUCCUGGCCUCCCUGGAGUCUAGUCAACAUAAGACCCCUCCUCCUCUCCCUGGGGGUCUGGCUCCAGUCAGUAGGGAGCUGAAGGAGCUCGCUGUUCACUUCAGUCGCCUUGUCAACUUCAACAAGCUGGUCUUCUCCCCAUUCUACCAAAAAAUUCUCCAGAAAAUACUGAGAGCAGGGGAGAGUGGCAGCACGGAGACAUAAACUCUACAAUAUGGAAUAAGUGGAAGGAUGUGGAACAUGGUCUGUAGUUUUACAGUAUCCCUUCACUAGUAACAUUUAAGAUUUUGGAAAAAGAAUUGAGGAAGCUGAUUUUGUAAUCAGCAGGUAGAGCCAGCCCAGAGUGUGCACUUCAAACUGACAUAAUCAAAAAACACUGGCUGCCAUCUCACUUGCAUUAAGUCACAGUGUUGCUUAUUUUAUAAAUCUCAGGCUUCAUAAUCGUAACCUCACAAUAGCUACCUUGCAUAAGGUUGUGUUCAAUAGAACUAGUGGGGCAGGGUAUCCUCCCACAGUUUGAUACCUGGGCCAAUACAAUACCUGUGUUUUAGUACAAAUACUAAAACAAGACUUAGUGUUAAGGUUACUAUAGUAUAAACAUUUCUUUCUACAUGAAAUUAACAAAACCAUUUAAUAAAUUCUAAGCUAUCAAGUGGAAGAUUAAGUCCACAAGACAAGGAUCAAGGCUUUCAUUUAUUAGGGGUCUCAAAGCAGGAAAUCAGUGUGGUCAAGAGAGUUCAGAGUGAAGUAUAUCUGGUCCUGCUUUUGGACCUAGAAGCAUUUUAUCAAUGUCCCUAACCGAGGAAAUGAGGCAAACUGUUUCUGCCAGUAUUCAGGAGAGUUACAGAGGCCAGGAGAUGGUGCUCAGGCAGAGAUAUGUGAGCACAUUCCAUGGAGGGAAGACAACUUGGAAAUGGUUGAUGAUGAUUAGGAAUAAUUAGACAUUUUGAGAAAAAAAGUUUAUUACUUUGAGAGUGUUAGAUGACGACAUCAAUACCACUCUCAUGUCUGUCUGGUAAAUAUUAGGCUAUAGUGAGCAGUCAGUUUGCUUAGCCUAGCACAAAGACUGCAAACAGGAAAACAGCUAGCUCCACUCAGUCCAGACUGAGAUUUAUAAAAUCAUCACACCCGCACAUCUAAAGCUCUGCAAAAAUCAAAUCAGUAAUCAAAUAAGGCUGCUUCCUAAAAAUGUUGAACUAUUCCCUGUCUCCACACAAAUUAUAACCAGCUACUUUGGCAGUAAUGAAUAAAGCUUAGUCCAGAGCACCUCAGAUACAGUAAUGUGCAGAUUCAUUUAUUUCCCCACCACUCAGUGUGAAGUAUUGGCAAAACCAGCUGUAUUUGUGCAGAUUCCUGUUUUAUUUCUUUACUAAAGCAGUUGGAGUGGUGUCCAUUUUAUUACACCUCCUAAAAAGUAGCAGAGAUUAAAGUCGUUUUCAAGGUUAAGAACAAUGAUAAAAUGAUUUUACUCUGAAGAAAGUAGGGCCAAAUAUAAAGUAUAUCGUGCAUGUAGCUUUAGGUCAGGACUGAUGCCCUACACGUAGACAUUUGAUAAAUAAAAAUGUUAGCCAAGUGUUCACUAACAGCUUUCAAUAUCGUCACAGUGACCGACAGUUUUCAAACUCAGUGCUACUGAGAGUUAACUAGAUACUCAAAAGGAUAGGCAGUUGUAUAGCACACACAAGCUGAAGAGAAUGAACAAGACAACAGAUGACUGCAUGCUGAUGACUGUAUGCUUCUACAUUGGAAUUGUAGGGUCAUACUGAGACGGUGGAUACAAAGGCUCUUUACACCUUUUCAGACAUUUUUUCUUAUUUGGCUUUAUCCGAUUUACUUGGUUAGAGAAACAGAAACAAGACUUAGUGGUCAUUUCUUACAGUGUGUUAUUAAUUAAAGCAUGAUUUGUAUUCAUGCGUCAAUCGAUACUUGAUAGAAGCAUCUUCAUAAUAUCACCAGGGGUCUCAUCUAUAAAACAGUGCGUAGGAUCCAUACUAAAAGUUAACGUACGCUCAAAAAAAUCAGACUUAUAAAAAAAUCCUGCAGGCAAUGUUCUCUGUGUAAAUCACAGUUCACCUGGAAAUGAGCGUACGUGGAUCAGCCUCGUGUCUCGCCCUGUAUACGCCCACAUUUAACCAUAAAUGGUCAACGCAAAUCACCUCUUGAAUGUGGGGUGAAUCACUGCAGCUACAGAGAUUAAGUAAAAAGAAGUUUUCUGACACAGAAAGGACAUAUUACUAUUACUUACUGCAAGAAUCGCAUCCCUCAGUCAGAGCGUCUCUGCUACAGGUGGGGACAAAGACACACCUGAGUUCACGUCAGUGGAAACAGGCAUUGAACAAUUCUAGGUGAGAGCCGGCUGCCAGAAACCCCAGAUUCGUUAGUAGUCUACCUGUAUUUGAACCGGGAUGGCGCGGUUCCAUCGGGUCGGUCGGUCUAAUCCUGGAACCAGUUCAACACAUGAAUCCAAGAGCAGCCUCAAGGGAAUCGGAUUAUUACCCAGUCAUCAUAGAGGGUCAGGAAAUCUGUGGUCCCUGAAUGUGCCUUCUCUCCUAAUUCUUCCAUUAACGUAGUCUUCUAGCAGAGAUCCAUCAUGCAGCAUUACGCACAAGCAUCACCACAGUAUUUAUAUGUUUACAGCAGUCAGACUGAUCGCUUCACACCUUGUCAAAAUGAUCUCAAUCAGUGGCACCCCCCUCUCGACGGUAUUAUUUGAAAUUAACAGUGUGACAGGUGAACACAGUUUCUUUAUGUAUUUCUCUGUACAAGCGCGAGUAUAAAUAACACUGCUGGUCAGAUUAAAUGUGUGAUCAUACAAUCUGGUUUCAAUUCACCACGUUACCAUCUUCCGUUACCAGUUUCCCCGUCCCCAAAAUGUGCGUAUACACGGCACAGAGUUUCCAUACAGGUGCGCACAUUUUCCCGUCAAGUUUGUUUGUAUAGGUCACAACGUUUGCGUGGAAAGUUGCGUAUGCCUCUUUCAGGCCCUAUUUUUUUCGUCGCAAAGGUUAUAAAUGAGACCCCAUGUUGUUUCUGUCAACCAAAACCCCUGUUUAUGUCAGUUUUUGGUCAGUUUAUGUUGAAGCAGCGGUACUACAGGACUGGGCGUUGACAGCCUCUCUGAGGGUCUGAAUAUUUGUACCUACAGGAAAUCAAAAGAUUUACAGUGCACAAUGGGCCAAAAUGUUAAAUUCAUAAAGAGCCAGUUUGAAACUGAGAACUGCAGUCCUCAUGAGAACCAGUGAAUUACCACUUCAGUGUAGCCAUGUAACUUUUUAAACUACUGUCACACAGAAAUAGGGACAUAAAGAGUGUGUAGACUUUUUUUCAUCCACUGUAUGUAUACAAGCAAAACACUUAUAGAAGAAACUGACCAGAGCAGCAUAAAUUCUUGUAAAGGGAAGCCAGACUGGUGUUAUGGACCAACCUGAACUGUUAUGUUAUUAUGACUUAGUUUUCAAAGUUCAUUUAUUCAACAUCUCUGAUGGUUUAUAAGAUGUUUAGAAUUUUUACGUUUGACAAACUCUUUGCUUUGCUUUUGGGCCUGACAUUUCUAAUACAUAUUUUACACAUUUAACUUUCCACAUAACAAUUAUAAUGGUUGUAACAUUCUUCACUCCUCCAGGCAGAAUGACAUCGCUUGUUCCCCUAAUGAAAAACAUGUUAAUUGGCAACACAUCAACUCCACUGAUAUUUGUCUUUGAAUGUUCAUCCAACGUGCCAAUAAAGCAUCGUUUGUCCCACACAA